AUGAUAUCAACCAGUUACGAAGAUGUGUUCAAAAUAUGGAAUUAUGAUGGUAGAAUUCUGUUUGAGGACAUAAUUAAAGCAACUGAGGAUUUUGACAUCAAGUAUUGCAUUGGCACCGGAGGUUAUGGCAGCGUUUACAAAGCAGAGUUAUCUGGUGGCAAAGUAGUUGCUGUGAAGAAACUUCACCGUUCAGAGUUAGCUUUCUUCAACAAUUUCCAAAAUGAGUCUCAUUUACUGUCUCAAAUACGACAUCGAAACAUUGUCAAACUUUAUGGUUUUUGUUUGCAUAGAAGAUGCAUGUUUUUGAUUUAUGAGUACAUGGAGAGAGGUAGUUUGUUCUGUGUGUUGCGCAACGAUGAAGAAGUUACUGAGUUGGAUUGGAAGAAGACAGUGAACAUUAUCAAGAGUGUGGCACAUGCGUUGUCUUACUUACAUCAUGACUGCGUUCCACCGGUUGUUCACCGUGAUAUAUCAAGCAACAACAUUCUAUUGAACUCGGAAUUAGAGACAUCCGUUGCUGACUUUGGUUUGGCUCGACUUCUAAAUAUUGACUCAUCCAAUAGAACGAUGAUGGCUGGCACAUAUAGAUAUAUAGCUCCAGAACUUGCCUACACCAUGAUUGUGACGGAGAAAUGUGACGUUUAUAGUUUUGGCGUUCUGAUACUGGAAGUAUUAAUGGGCACACAUCCGAGAGAUCUUCUUUCAUCAUUAUCAUUUCCAUCUACUCAACAUCGAAUGCUAAUUGAUCUUUUAGACCCACGUCUUCUACCACCAGUUGAUAAAAAGGAUGUGCAGAAUAUUGUGCUUGUUUCUGCUAUAGCAUUUGCAUGCUUGCAUUCUAAACCCGAAUCUCGACCUACAAUGCAAUGUAUAUGUAAAAAAUUGCUUACCGGAAAACCAAUGGAAAAGUCCUUUCAAGAAAUUACUAUAUCAAAACUCGGAUAUUCAGAAUGGUAG